UGAUUCUUUUCUAAUGGAUUUUCUCGAAACUUCUGAAGUUCAUUAUUACAUUAUAACAGGAUUUAGCUAAGCUCACUAAAAUUGUUUUGUUCUAAUUUGUGAAAAUUUACAUCUUUGGUUUUUGGACUUAUAAAGGAAUUACUCGUCAUAAAGAUCACGAUAUUUUUUUUAGUAAAAUCAAGAUUUAGUAAGAAAUGUGGCUCAUAGAAAUAAGCUACAUAAACAAGUUACUCGUAAAAAGCUACGAGAAAUUUGGGCGAGGAGUUCCAUGGAUUUGGCCGAUGAUAUUCAAAAAGUGUUGACUCCUUCGACCGACCCCAUUUUGUAUGGGUGAAAUUUUCUUUCUGUCCGACCUUACAAAAACAAAUUCCAACCAAACCUGUUAUAUAACAGCAGUGAAGUCGGAAACAAACAGUUUUCUUUCAAAAAGGUUUCAGUCACCAGUUUUUGUGGGAAUUAUACUGAAAGUGUUGUUGGAUUAAAUUUAAAUAUAGUGUGUCUAAUGACAUUAAAACUACUAAAAUCAGUGAAGAUAUGUUAUGAAAAAUUGGACUUUGGAUACUAGCAUUAUGCUUUAUUCUAGAUGCAAUAUCCUGGCCAUGUGGACAAAACCGGCCCCCUGCAUCAUACAAUCAAUUAUGUUUAUAACACGGCUGAUUGUUUGGGCAAGGGGGCCACAGCGACUGUGCUCCUUGCACGAUCGAGGUCGGAUGGUCAUCAAGUGGCCGUCAAGGUUUCCUUGGACAGCUCUCCUCAUAAUGUACGCGCUCGCAUUCGAGAAACGGAGCUAUUAAGAUCUACCAAUCACAGAAAUGUGAUGAGGCUUAUAGCGUGUGAAACAGUUCAAGAGACGGGACAAGAAGUGAUGAUUCUUGAGUAUUGUCAGGCCGGAAGUGUAUACUCUCUGUUGGAACAGCCAACCAACAGUUUUGGUUUCCAGGAGAAAGAAUUCCUCACGUUUCUACGUGACAUUACGGAAGGUGUGAGCUAUCUGAAUUCUCUAAAAAUAAUUCAUCGAGAUAUCAAGCCUGGCAAUAUAUUAAAAAAGAUAGAAGGUGAUGGAAGUUCGACGUACGUCCUCACGGACUUUGGAGCCGCUCGAGAACUGCAGGACGAGGAUGAGACCUUUAUGAGCAUAUACGGAACGGAGGAAUACAUUCAUCCUGACAUGUUCCAACGCGGUGUGUUACGACAGGCUGGUCAAUCUGAGUUUACGUCAUCAGUUGACCUCUGGUCACUCGGGGUCACCGUGUUUCACGUGAUCACUGGCAGUCUGCCCUUCCAGGCGUUUGGGGGACGGAGUGACUCUCAGACAAUGUUUAAAAUUAUAUCAGACCGUGCAUCCGGUGAGAUAUCCGGUGUACAGAGAGCUCUAAAUGGGCCCAUUGAACGAUCAAAAGACCUCCCAGAAACCACUUAUUUGUCAAGAUGUUUGAAGAAUCUUCUUAGGCCAAUUCUAGCUGGUUUGUUUGAACCAGACCGACAGAAAGCUUGGACCUUUAACCAGUAUUACUCAGCAGUCACGGACAUUAUCAACAGGAAAACAUUAACCUUUUACCACUGUGAAACAAGCUCUAAUCACAAGAUCUACUUACACAAAACGGACUGCUUAGUGCAUAUUCAAGAGCUGAUAGCAGAACUAACGGAUAUUCCAGCGGUCAGACAGCUUAUCCUGAUUGGCAACAAAAGUGCUAAGGAUGUGGUGGCAGACAAUGAACAGAUCCAAACCUACCCAAAAUCCGUUCAAAAGGCGCAAUUCUUUGUUUUUGACAAAGACAUCACGGAUAUGCAUAAACCACAUAUCCCGAAAAUACCUCCCUUCGCGUCUCUCGUAUUUGACACCUCCCUGAGUAACGAUUCUGCUGUUGCAAAACAGUGCGCUGGAAUUGCUUACUUUAUAGAAUUUCGAGCUGAAGAAGUAAUUGUUUGCCAAGAUCUGGCAUUGGAAUCUAUCAUUCAUCUUAGGUACUAUGUGGAAGAAACUUUGCGUCCUGCAGUCACUCUUGUGCCAGAAUCAGAAACACACCUCGUUACCACAAAGAGAAGAGUUGAAAUGAUAGAGUCUAGCCAGAAAAUGACAAAGUUCUUCAUGAAUAUUUUGCGAGAAACACAAACCACAAAAUAUUUGAAAGAUAUGGCAUCCUAUUGUACACAUGACGUCAAUUUAGCAGACGUUUUGCAUAAAACAACUGUCCGGCAAGAUGAAAUCAAGGUGUACCUCGACGUUUUGACUAACAAAUUGAGGGAGCACUCAACACCAGGGGCCGUAGAUCAUCUAGGAUGUAACGAGCAAGACCAUUGUCUAACAAAAAUCGGUCAUUUGCGUCAAGGAAUUCAGGCAGUGUCGAGCACAUUUUCAAAGCACAAAAAGUAUGGAAGUCUGCAUCCUCAUGAGGAAUUCAUUCACAAAACUGAGCGAGAGAAGCUGGAGGACCUGUGUGUACGGACAGUGGACCUUUACCAGAGUCACUGCGUCUGUAACCUGAAAACCGUCCAUAAAGGAUCGCAUAGAGUCACCAGUAUUCUCUUGAAGCACAUGGUGAGAGGAACGAAGGUUGAGUCCAACCUGAAAUGCGUCAGAGACUGCCUAGAACAGAUAGAUGAAAAACUAUGUAAAGUGGAAGCUACUUUUAAGCGGAUUGCCGAGCUGUCCUCUCAAAUGGUUAGCCAGAACUUCUCCGAAACACCGACUCCACUCGUCCGUACGGAAAUUCCCGAUGCUUCUUCGGCUACGUCCGUCGCCAGCUCAAAGUACGGGGAACGCUCCGCCCUUGUCAACAGCCUCGCUUCGGAAAUGGAAAAUCUACGAACAUCUAGAUCGGAUCUUGACUCCAUCCUAAACCUGAAUACGGAUUCUCUAAGAACUUUAAAAAGACUGCUGGAAGGCGCCUCAAGAUUGAGCAUGAACUCGUUUCAGCACGAAAAACAGACUAUUAGCCCCUCUUCUUCUAAUGUGGAUGAUGUCAAGAGUUGACCGGGGCAAGAGACGCGCACCAUUUCAGGAACAACUUUAUACUAAACAUCGACUUGAAACUGGGCAAUCAAAUAGCUUAAAUCAAGCAGUCAUUAUAAUUACGUUCUUCGAAAACCUGUUAUAUUGUUGUGUUUCAUAUAUAAUGGCUUAGUGUGGUUUAUAUAUUGUUCCGCUUGUAAACGCAUUCAGUCACGUAUGUAAAUUACAAGUUGUCAUGUAAACUGCUGUGAAACGUGACGAUUAAAAGGUUGCGGAAUACUACGAGUACGUAAGCAUGUACACGUAGAUAACUUCAAACUUGUAGACUCGCUAAUACCCUCAUAAACCAUCUUUUCCUCAUGCCAUCUUACACGUCAUUUUCAGCAUGUACAAUAUACACAUUCAUAUAUAACGUGGUCCACACAAGGUUAAACAUUUACACGUACAUGGAUGAAGUAGUGCACAAAAGGUAACACAUACACAUAUAUGGAAGACGUAGUGCACAAAAUGUAAAUAUAGACGUACAUGCAUGACAUAGUGCACAAAAGGUAACACAUACACGUACAUGCAUGACAUAGUGCACAAAAGGUAACACAUACACGUACAUGGAUGACAUAGUGCACACAAGGUAACACAUACACGUACAUUGAUGACGUAGUGCACACAAGGUAACACAUACACGUACAUUGAUGACGUAGUGCACAAAAGGUAACAUAUACACGAACAUAGAUGAUAUUAUAGUGCACAAAAUUUAACUCAUACACGUACAUGGAUGACGUAGUGCACAAAAGGUAACAUAUACACGAACAUAGAUGAUAUUAUAGUGCACAAAAUUUAACUCAUACACGUACAUUGAUGACGUAGUGCACAAAAGGUAACAUAUACACGAACAUAGAUGAUAUUAUAGUGCACAAAAUUUAACUCAUACACGUACAUGGAUGACGUAGUGUUCCGCAACCUCUCUAUUCUUAUAUUAUGUAGAUAAACGCCAUGAAAUCAGUUGACAAUGAAUUUAUAUCUUUGAUUAUAUUGAUAUAAAAAAAAAGUAUGUAAAUGUCAUGAUAUUACAUCUAUUCGUGUAAACAUGUAUUCGAGUGAUGAGCCAAUCCGUAAACACAUACUAUAUAUGCUUAAUCAUACACCUUAAAGCACACUUGUUAAUGUUUAAGUAUUAGUUGCACAACACAUGUAAUGACUAGUUACAACAUGGCCAUGAACUAUUAAUAUGAGAACUCACCUUUACUCGUAGCGUUAUUGAAAACCUCCCAUAAACACAUCUUUUGAGAACACAAAUUUCACCUCGCCAAAAAUGGAAAAAUGGAGCUUUUAUACCAAAAACAUAUACUUUUAGAAAUAUUUUUGUUCACAAUGUAAUCAGGUUUUGAAGUGUAUUGAAACAGAUGAAUUGUUGUAUUUGAUGGUGUUCAGUGUCAAAUGUUGAUGUAAAUUUCGAUCUUGAAAUGUUGUGCGUCUCUUGUUGUAUUACUCUAUAAAUAAAUAGCUGCGUAUUUCAAAUA